AUGGAUGUGGAUACCUACCUCGUACUGGUGUACUGGCACGUCGCUAUGGUAACGCUGCAAUCAUUAUUUGCACAGGGACACAAAACACUUGUUAUGACUGACAAAGGCCAGGUUCAAGGCAAAACCUACUAUGUUCACGGGAAAAAGGUGGAUGUCUUUUACGGGAUCCCCUACGCGAAACCACCAUUAGGUGACUUGAGGUUCCUGCAUCCAGAACAACUAGACCCUUGGCCGGGUGUGUUGGACGCCACCAAGAAACCCAACUGCUGCAUACAGCUACCGGACACUGUGUUUGGAAACUUCAGUGGAUCCAGUGUCUGGAACCCCAACACAAAGGUUAGCGAAGAUUGCUUGUACCUCAGCGUGUGGACGCCCAGGACGCACCCGCCCUACACCAACAAGGCUGUCAUCGUCUGGGUCUACGGCGGCGCUUUCAUGACCGGCUCAUCAGUGCUGGACAUCUACGACGGAAAGUACCUUGCUACAGAGAAUGACAUUGUUGUUGUCUCUAUGCAAUUCAGAUUUGGCGCGCUCGGCUACUUUGUGCUAGGAUCUCCUCAUUCGCCUGGUAACGCUGGCAUGAUGGAUUUGCGGAUGGCUCUGGAAUGGAUACAGAGAAACAUUCACUACUUUGGAGGAAAUCCACACAACAUCACUUUGGUGGGCGAGAGUUCGGGAGCCGUCAGCAUUGGCCUGUUCAUGCUGUCAUCCUUGGGACGUGGCCUCUUCCAUCGAGCUAUCCUACAGAGCGGAGCACCUCAAGCACCUUGGGGAACCUACACGCUUCAAGAAGGGAGAAGGCGCUCUUUGGUCCUGGCAGAACUCCUUGGCUGCGACCCCAAGGCCAGCGACAGGAUUAUUCUACAAUGUCUUCGUAAAGUUCCUGCUAUGAGGUUCCCGGAAGAAGAGAUUCGCGUGGUUGAAGGUGUGGCCCAGUUCCCGUUCAUUCCAGUCAUAGACGGGACGUUUCUGAUCAGAACUCCCAGUCAGUACCUGCGGGAGGGGCAUUUCAAGAAGAUUCCGCUCCUCCUUGGUAGCAAUGCUAACGAGGGAUCAUGGCUGCUGGUAUAUGCUGAACCUGCAUACUUCAACAUCAACACUCCGAGCCUCGUUAGCAAGGAGAGCUACAACAUCGUUAUGGAUAAGCUGUUUAGAUACUACCCCCAGUAUCCAAACGAGUUGAACCACUUAGGCAAGGAGGCUAUUAAGUUCCAGUACACAGAUUGGCUGGACCCUUAUAAUCAAAGCCGUUUGAGAACAAACGUUGAACAGGCAGUUGGUGACUAUCAUUUUACUUGCGGUGUUGCGGAUAUGGCCAAAACUGUCUCUGAGCAUGGUCUGGAUGUGUACUUUUAUAGGUUCAGCCAUCGGAUGUCAACUCAUUCUUGGCCAGAAUGGAUGGGCGUCUUGCACGGGGAUGAAAUUUUCUUUGUAUUUGGCCAACCGCUUAACAAGGAAAUGAAUUUCACAGGAGAUGAGAAAAAACUGAGCAAAAAGAUCAUGAAAAUGUGGACAAAUUUUGCCAAAACUGGGAACCCCAACCGUGGGCCCGGAGAAAUGGAGAUUCAAGAGUGGCCCAAGUUCCGACACAACGAGCAGCUCUUCCUGGAUAUCAAUCUAGACUUGCUUGGCAACGGCAACAAAUGGGGUAAAGGGGUCAGGCCUGAACACUGCGCCUUUUGGGAGCAUUACGUAUCCAACAUUGCUCAGAUGAGUAG